GACUUCUGCCGCUCUGUGGGCCAGCCACUAGAGGCCAGUUUCAACCUACUCCGGCACGACGACAGCGCGGAGGAUCCGACUCCAGGCAGCUUCUUGGCGCGUGCACGCCAUGUCCCGUCAUGGCCCACCCGACGUGCCGAGCUGUCGCUGGUCCUGGCGGAACUCCGGUUGGUCCGUGCCGCUUUGGAGGACCCAUCUACCGAAGCCCUGGUGCUGCUUUCUGGCAGCUGCUUACCCCUCCAGAGGCUCCAUGAGCUCUACGACAUCUUUCUCGAGGGCUACUGCCAGGGACGAUCCGUGCUGAAGUAUCACUUCAUGAAGGGAGGCCAGCAGCGAGUCUUGGGCGUCCCUCUUGGCGCCUUGCAGUGGAAGCUUUGGCACCGCCGAGAGCUGCAGCUACUCGCGGCACUCGAUGAGGCGGAGCUGAGGAGGCGUUGGGAGCCGCUGGAAGCAACGAUGCAGCGUUACGGGCUGGCGCCAGACGAGGUCGUUCUCGUCAAUGAACUGCGGGAGGAGCUGUUGAAGGCGAAUCCCACGGCCCAGGACCCCCUUUCUGAGUGCUGUAUACGGCGUGCCAUCACAUACACGGAGUGGGAGACACAGGCGGACAGAAACGCCGGGCCGCCGCGAGCACGGGCUUUCCAGGAGAUCCCGGAGAAGGCCUGGUGCGAUGCGAUCCGAGCCGAGCAGACGAGGUCCUUUCCCCUCCUUUGCCGCAAAGUACACCUCAGUCCGAGAGCCUUACAGCUCUGGCAAGAACGGCUCUUGCAAG